AGGAAGCUACGUCACUGUGACGGUGGAGUCAUAAGAUCCUCUCCAUUUUCUUCCCGAGGAUAGGAGGGCGGACGGCAGCACCAUUUUAGAAAGACGCGUCGUCAAACACUGUCUGGCAUUUUAGCGUUAUUGUGGCUACGUCUGCUUAGUUAGGAAGCUAGCACAUUACAAUUUCUGUUUAAACAGAACAAUAUAAGACACCCUGCACGGCUUCUCUGUGCUGCCCCUACAGCUGCUAAAGCUAACGCUAGCCGGCUGUAAGGCUUAUCUCUCCACCGACGCAAUAUUCACUGAGCCUGAAAGCAAGGUCUAUCAAAAUGAGUGCAGCCUCAUCCCAAAAAGUUGUCCUGAAAAGCACCACCAAAGUGUCCCUAAAUGAGCGCUUCACUAACAUGCUGAAGAACAAGCAGCCCACUGCAGUAAGCAUACGAGCCACCAUGCAACAGCAGCAUUUGGCCAGUGCCCGCAAUCGCCGGCUGGCCCAGCAGAUGGAGAACCGGCCCUCAGUGCAAGCUGCUCUGAAUCACAAGCAGAGUCUGAAGCAGCGCCUGGGGAAGAGCAACAUCCAAGCCAGGCUGGGCCGGCCCAUUGGGGCUCUGAUGCGUGGAGGACCUGCUGGAGGCAGAGGAGGAAUGCGGGGGAUGACCAGGGGAAGCCUAAGAGGACGAGCCAGAGGAGGAGUAAUGAGGGGAGCUCUGUCCCUGAGAGGGAAGAGAGUGUCUACAGGUGCCCCCAUGCGAGGCCGCAGCUCUGCUGGCCGUCUGGCGAUGCGUAGAGGAGGCCGCCACCGAGGAGGAGCUGCUGGCAGAGGUGGCGCUCUAUCUCGAGGAGCAGCACGAGGAGUAGCUGCCAGAGGCCGUGGUGGACUGCGUGGACGUGGUGGUUUUUCUGGUCGAGGUGGUCGAGGCCGCGGGCGGGGCCGAGGUGUUGGCCGACCUGCUGUCACCCGUGAACAACUGGACAACCAGCUGGACGCCUACAUGUCAAAGACCAAAGGUCACCUGGAUGCUGAAUUGGAUGCCUACAUGGCCCAGGCAGACCCAGACAGUAUGGAGUGACCCUGAAGGACUGUGAAUCUGAAGCACAUGCAGAGUCACUGCAGAAAUUUACAGCUGAACUCACACAUACAGUGUAGUGUUGAUGUGCUGAGAAAUGAUUGUGUUCAUAAUUUAGAUGAGAGUGGUGACAGUCCAGGACUCAGCAGGAAAUCAAGUUGUCAUCUGAAUGUGUUUCGACCAAUAGUCCAUUCUGCAUCAACCUGCUCCUGCCAAACUCUUUUCAUUCUGGAAUAAAUGUGUGAAGGGACCUUUUUAAACAUUAUCAAACCCUGCUGUCUAUACACCCUCAAUGCUUUUUGUUUUUUGUUUUAGUUUUUUUUUAUGUGUAUAUGUCCUAGAAAAACUUUUUUUUUUUUUU